CUUCUCGAAAUUUAGGGUUUAUCGAGGGGUUUCUUUUGCUGAGUCUUCCCUUCCUCAUAUUCUGUUGUAUUUUUCAUCCGUUGCCGUCGAUUCCUUCCUUUCGCAAACCUAGAUUUUGUUCUUCUUGCGUUUAAUUAGUUCUUUUUCCCGAUCUCAAAAGCUGUCGAGAUUCAUUGAGGAGCCGCUUUGUAACUCCGGACGCCUUCGCCAGCUUAUAGAAUUCUGCUGUGCGUUGUACUGCGGCUUCUGGUUCAGAAGCUGCUAAAUCCUGGGGGGUUAGAGGAUCGCGCUGGCUUUUGGGAUGUGAUGACCUGAUCGCGAGCUUCAUAGACGCGGCGGAUGAACUAGGAGUGGCGGAGAUUGGGCGAACCCUUGUUUUGGCGCUGGUAAUAUGAUCGAUCGAAUAUGAGCGAUGGAAGAAAGAAUAGUGGAAGGGGUCAACAGAUCAGCUCGAAGAAGAGUCGGCUGUCAGGAGGUGACGAUUUUGGCCAUGCCAUCGCCAAGAUCGCAGUUGCCCAGCUUUGUGAGUCGACCGGAUUUCACUACUCCCGUCGCUCUGCGAUUGACGCUCUUGCAGAGGUUGCCGUCCGGUACAUUUGCGAUCUAGGCAAAAGUGCCAAUUUUUAUGCCAAUUUGGCUGGAAGAGCGGAUUGCAAUGUGUUUGAUGUCAUCCAGGGAAUACAGGAUUUGGACUCGUGGAGAGGGUUUUCUGGUGCAUCUGGUGUUCACCGUUGCCUAGUGAAUACUGGUGUAGUUCGAGAGAUCACCCAGUUUGUAAGCACAGAAGAGGAAAUCCCAUUUGUUCAGCCCAUUCCUAGAUUCCCUGUAUCUCGAAUGCCCAAGCCUGCACCUAGCUUUGUUCAGGCUGGGGAGGAACCGCCGGGAGAACACAUACCUAACUGGCUUCCAAGGCUCCCUGAUCCUCACACCUAUGUCCACACACCAGUUUGGAACAAGAGGGACACUGAUGUCAAAGCAGACAUGGUUGAACUAGCAAAGCGGCGGAAGAAGGCUGAGAGGUCUUUGUUAAGCUUACAACAGCGGCUUGCCUGCAACAGGACAGCUGGGUUUCGUCCAACCAAAGAUGGCCAUGUUGGGAAUGGCAAUCAGGUUAAUAACAAUCCUUUUCUGGCCUCACCUUUACCAUAUGGUGAGAAAGAAGUAUCUGAAAUUGCCAGUCCACUGAAAGCUUAUGCUGGCAAGAGGUUGUCUGUUCUUGAGACUUUUGUCCCUGUCAUCAAGGCGGCAAAGGUUGGUUCUCUCGACUUCAAUACUAAUGAGAGAAAGCUUCUUCAUGGAAUCAGGCCUACAGUGCAUUUUAAGGUUGGGACUGUCAAGAAAUCUGUAGCAGCAUCACUCCCUUCUGACACUUUGAUUGCUGAUAAGGAUUCAUGGUCUCUCAAGUACGAUGAGAAGGAUGACAAGAAGAAGAGAGCAGAGAUUAUAUUUAGAGCAGUUAUAGACAAACCACAUGAACUUGCUCAGCUAUAAAGAACAUCUAGACACGCUUGCAGAGUGGAUAUGUAACUGUAUUGUAUGGCAUGUCAAAUUUGGUCGAUUGUGCACUUUUCUGUUCCCAACGAGUUGGGCUGUGUGGGAAAUUCUAGGAACUUGGCAAGAAGAAAGAUCUGCAUCAGCUGAGAUCCACUUACGGGAGAUCAAAGCUUCUUUUUUUUUUCUGAUUUCUGGAGUAAUUAUAAAGGUAUGAUGCUUGGAAAGUGUUAAAUAUCUGGAUCCUUGAAGAGUUGAAUUUGUAUCAUGCUUGGAAUGCGUGGAUUAGUCAACCGGAUUGGGGAGCAAGUUGCAGAAUAGAAGGGCAGAAAAAUAUCAUCAAGGUGAGUCAUUGUUAUACGUUCAUCCUCCAUUAUUGCAUUCUGUGAUCAGAUGCUUAGAGUAAAUGCUGCUUUUGCUGAUAGUUGUGAUUUGAAAUUGUCACCGGAACUUGGUCACAGUUUCCGUAGUGAGAAUACAACCUCAAUCACUCAAACUGAGAGUUUGAGAAUGAAAUAGAUUUGUUUGCCCAGAAGUUGUCAAUCCGAAUUCAGAUUUCAAAUCUUGAUACAGUUCGAGAAUCAUCUAACAACAUGAAAAUUGAGAGGGUACAAGUGACUAUAGAGGUCUUUGCUAUUUUUCUUAAGUAAAGACUGUUACCUAGAUGAGUUUGAUAUCCAUCUAAUACUCAAGUUAGUUUAGUUAACGGUGACACGGGCCAAAAUCCUAAAAUAGUGGAGGGGUAUUUGGAGUAGAUUUGGAGUAGAGGGGAGAGACAAAUCUAUUGGUGCUUUGGUGGUCUAUCUGUUCUCUGUCUCAAGUGUGAGAUUGGGGUAUUUGGAGUAGAGGGGAGAGAAAAAUCUAUUGCCCCUGUCAACAUUCAUAUGUAUAUGGGAUGUUGCAAAGUUAGUCUUUAUCCCUACUCCAAUUUGAUUAGCACAACGGACGACAGCAAGUUGGAUUCUUUUUUCGAUUAUUCAGAUCCAUAUGUAUAUGGGAUGUAUAUGAGAGUUGCUUUGUUGCAAGUCUCUUGCUCUUCUUUUCCUUGUCCGAUAUGCCUUGCCUCCUCCCUAUUCAACUGUCUUCUCAGAUGCUGGCUUUUACGUGCUUCCAAAGCAGUGGUUGCAGAGAUCACAGAUAUCAGAUGGAGCAUCAAAUGGGUAGAGGUUGAAACCAGAGGUCGGUUUCCUUUCUUUCUUCUUGUUCCUUUUGAUGCUAUGGAGAAGGAAAAGAAGAGAAGUUUAGAG